UACAGACAGAUACUCACAUUUAUACUCACACAUUCCUAUACACAGACUGAGGGAGCCCCAUUUCUAACGGGCCUGCCGAUGGAGUCAGGGAGGGCAACACUGCUCAAAGAGCAGCAACUGAAGGAUCAGUUUGAUAACCUAGAGAAGCAUACACAGUCAGGCAUCGAGUUCGUGGAGAGGUACAGUAAAUUCGUCAAAGAGAGAUCGGAUAUUGAAAUCAGCUAUGCAAAGCAGAUUAGGAAUCUAUCAAAGAAGUAUCAACCGAAGAAGAACUCAAGAGAAGAGGAGGAGAACAAAUACACGUCAUGCCGGGCCUUCCUGUCAACGCUGAACGAGCUGAACGACUAUGCAGGACAGCACGAGGUCAUUGCUGAGAACCUGACCUCUCAGAUCAUCACUGAACUCUCACGGUACCUCACAGAGCUCAAGGCAGAGAGGAAAUCGCACUUCCAUGAUGGACGUAAAGCGCAGCAACAGAUUGAGAGCUUGUGGAAACAGCUGGAGUCGAGUAAACGGCGGUUCGAGAGAGACUGUAAAGAGGCGGACCGGGCGCAGCAGUACUUUGAGAGAAUGGACGCCGACAUCAAUGUAACGAAAGCAGACGUGGAGAAGGCGCGGCAGCAGGCUCAGAUGAGACACCAGAUUGCAGCAGACAGUAAGACUGAAUACUCCAACUACCUGACCAAGUUCAACCAGGAGCAGAAUGAACAUUACUACACACUCAUCCCCAAUAUAUUCCAGAAACUCCAGGAGAUGGAGGAGAGGCGGAUCGAGAGGGUGGGUGUGUCCAUGAAGACAUACGCAGAGGUGGACCGUGAGGUGCUGCCUAUUGUAGGGAAAUGUCUAGACGGAAUGACCAAGGCUGCUGAGUCCAUCGAGCCAAAGACUGACUCUAAGCAGGUAGUGGAGUCGUACAAGUCUGGGUUUGAGCCCCCAGGGGACGUAGAGUUUGAGGACUACGGGCCGGGACAGACCAUGAAGAGGACUGUCUCUGAGACCAGCCUGUCCAACUCACGAGGAGAGGCCAAGGAACGUCCCGGCGGGGGCAAGAGCAAAGGCAAACUGUGGCCUUUCAUUAAGAACAAGAACAAGCUUAUGUCCCUGUUAACGUCCCCGCACCAGCCCCCCCCCCCCCCAGCCUCCAGCCCCCCCUCACCCUGUGCUGUUCCCAACGACCCCCAGUCUCCCAAGCAGAACAAGGAGCCCCUCUCCAACCGCUUCAACGAGUUCAUGGCCUCCAAACCCAAAAUGACCUGCCUCCGGAGCCUGAGGCGAGGGCUUUCUCUCAAGUUGAUCACAUUCAAUUCCCACGUCCGGAAUCUGAUUGAGGGCUCUGGACCGGAGGACUUCAGCCACCUGCCCCCAGAGCAGAGGAGAAAGAAGCUUCAGGCCAAGAUAGACGACAUAAAUAAGGACAUCCAGAAAGAGAUGGACCAGAAAGAUGCCCUAACUAAGAUGAAGGGUGUGUAUGAGAAGAAUCCCCAGAUGGGAGACCCUGCCAGUGUGGACCCCCGGCUUGUAGAGAUGUCAAUGAACAUCGAGAAACUGCAGUCCGAGGUCCAGAAAUUCGAGGGAUGGCUGGCGGAGGUGGAGGGGAGGUUACCGUCGAGGAGUGACCCUCCCAGGAGACAGAGUGGUCUGUACGAGUCACAGAACAGCAACAGCACCAUGGUCGACAACAACUGUGCACAGGACAGAGAGAGCCCGGAUGGCAGUUACACAGAGGAGCAGAGUUCAGAGACUCAGGUCAAGGUGGCCAUAGCAAACACUCCAGAGUUUGAUGAUGAGUUUGAUGAUGGGGAUGAGGAGACACUGCCCACCAUCGGCACCUGUAAAGCCGUCUACUCAUUUGAAGGUCAUAAUGAGGGGACUAUCUCAGUGACAGAAGGAGAGCUGCUGUUUGUAAUAGAGCAGGAUAAAGGUGACGGCUGGACGAGGGUCCGCAGGAACGAAGAGGAAGAAGGCUACGUACCCACGUCCUACGUCGAGGUCUUUUUGGAAACGAACACCAAAGAUUCCUAAAAGUGUGAGAGCUGGCUCAGGAAUGGCAGGGCAAGCAGCCUCAGCGACAGAGCGACCACGUUCACGUUCCUUUACGGUCAGAAAGUCAGAGAGAGCGACAUGACCGAGGCAAAGACAGGAGGCCUAUGAUGCAUCUCAAUUUCCAACCUGAUACAUUUGUAGAGUUCUCUCCUUCUGCAACGGUCUCUGACCAGAAGCAACAAUAAGAGAAAAACAAACCAAAUUGAGCGCUCGUAAAUCUUUUAUUUUUUAAUAGGUUAUUACCCAUUUAUCAUUUUGCUUCUUUUGUCUCUGCAAAGCUUUGCUUCUCAAUGUACUAACUCAGCUUCCGCUAUGCGGCGUUACCAUGGACGCUGUUGGCUCUCUCACCUCGAAUGCCCCUCGAGUCCCAACCCACUUCCCUGCCGCUCCUCCCUAACCCCCCUCCUAAAGCACGGCAGGGUGUGGUCAGGCAGGGCCGGGACCAGCUCUGAAGCAACCCAAUCCCUCUCCAGUCCACACUCCCAUACAAAUCAAUCAGGUGGAUGCAGUUGCAGAAUCUCUCACUCAUUGACUCAAGAGCCAUCAUCGCAGAAGGAACAGUCCAGAUCCAGAAUCACAUGGAGUUUCCAUGGAAACAACACAUUUAUUCCACUCUCUGAUUCGUCAUCUGUAUGACUGAAGUUCAUUUAUAGUGUGUGUACGCGUGUGGGUGCCUGUCAGUAUCAUGCACAUCCCCCAUACACACUCCAUCCAUGACUGAGAAAGGGACAGGACUGGGAGUUCCAGGAACGUGGGGUUGGAGACAGGUUCACAUUACUUCACUCACCUACACUCUCUCACCUUACCAUACCAUCAUGUGUUGUUCUGGCAUCCCGUCUGCUCCUCUCUGGCCACACCCCUCCCCUCCCCUGCAAGUGUCAGUCGCUGGUCGUUGAGCGCCAUGUCACCGCUUAUGGUGGGGCGUGCGGUGUGCAUGCUUGCCCUGUCUCCUCCUUGGCUCGCCCCCUCCCGCUUGGCUCAGGGGGCUAGCUUAUGCUCGUCACCCGGCCUUUUUUGGUUAAGUUAACCCCCACGGCCUGUUACACUUCUUAACCAGUUUAUCCAUUCGUCACCUUUUGGGUUCUGUGCCUGUGGAUCAUCUACUAGCUGUUCCUUAUUUAGUUUUUUGUUGUGGCUGUUUGACUGUUUGUCGUCUCUGAAAGCAUGUUCACCUACCUGUGUUUUUAACAGUGAGUGUGUGCUCUCCCUCACAGUAACUCCUCUAGCUCAAAUCUCAUUACCGGAAGAGAAGAAAAUGUGGGAUUCCAAAAUGUCUGUUUCUGAAUGAUAUCAUGCACAGUAAAACAUUGAAUUUGUCUAUUUGUUAUACUGUAUGUAUGUAAUAUUGUUGGCUGACAUUGUACGUGUUUGAGAAGUGUGUUGAAGGCAAGCGGUUGUUAGCGUCAUCCUGUGGAUACAUGCUGCGGUGUUUCACGUCUCCACUGUAUAUCCAACAGACAGUGUCCCCUGGAAGAGAACUUGAAGAUGAUUUCAAAUUCUCAUGUAGUUUGCUUGGGCCACUUACUGCGUGUGGAAGUAUUGUAUACUAUGAUCCACACACUUUCCCACAAUGUUGUGACUGAAUAUGAGACAAGACAAACUUCCUAUUGGGCCUUAACUGGGUUGAUCCUAGCUACCACUUAAUCUAAAAACAAGUUCAAGUUGUGUCACAUGCACAAGUACAGUGAAAUGCUUAACUUGCAUGCUCUACCCAACUGUGCAGUAAUUAGGGGGAGUAAGAUGCCAUUCUAUUAUCUAUGGUAUGUUGACUAGGUCGAGACAUCUCGUUUUUUUAUAAAGGUGGUGAAGGAAGAUUACUCUCAAUGUCUACAGAGAUGAUGAUGUCCACUGUUUCCCUUUCUUGAACGCAUAUAAACAUUUUAAUUUUGUAAUUAUUUUUUAAGUGUUUGGUCGAAGAGAUUGCUUUUUAAUUUGUAGCUAGUUUCUAGCUGGAAAACUGUUGCACCUGAAUUACAAACCACUUGAUGAUGAAACCAGUUGUUUGAUCUGCCUGAAGUCACUGUAGAUAAAGUAAUGAAAAACAUUUGUUUUGUGUAAUGAAGCUAUUAGUGAUAUUAUUAGCUUCAGGUAUGUCCCAAAUGGCUCCCUAUAUAGUGCACUACUUUUGAUCCGGCUCUGGUCAAAAGAAUUACACUAUGUAUGGAAUAGUGAGCCAUUUGGCACUCUGCCUUAAGUAUUUUGAAAAAAAAUGUAUUCCAGUAUUAUUACACAAGCAACAUUUCAAGGAGCAGCAACUGAAAUUGUAUCAAUGCAAACCAUGUAUAUUAUCAGCAGAACCACAAUUGAACAGUGAUCCAUCACCAUGUGGAGUCACAGUUACUUGACAUAAUUUAAAAAGACAAGCAGCGCAAAUCUGCAUGUUCUGUGGCCGAGAAUCAGGUCAGGUCAAAGUUUCACUUUGCUAUUCCCACCUGUCCAGCUCUUAUUUUGACUAGUGUAGAUAUUGACUUGGCAGUUGUUUUGUUUGUUUAGAAGGCAAAACUGAUUUUUAUGCAGACCAUCAGAAGGUGCAUCUCUGUGCUGUGCUGACUGACAGACAUACCCACUCAGAGAGCCAGUAUAGAGAAAAACCUGCCUAACUCUCGACUGAGACCAACCCAGACCUCCAGCCAGGCCCCAGUGCACCUGUACAAAAGAAAAUGGCUUGUUGAAAUUAGAGAGAAUAUAUAUAAAUAAAUAUGGAUUAAACUAAGACAAAAAAGGAAAUAAAUAUAUUUUUAAGGUUAAGUAUUAAAGGCCUUACUUUGUUUUCUCUGCUUUGCUAAGACUGUUUUUUUUUUGUAAAGUCUGCCAAAUGGUGUGUGUAGCACUUUUGUUUGUGUUCAAGUUGGUAUAUGCUUAUGUUUUAGAGCACUGAAUACUUUGUAUUGUGUUAACUGUGCCAAUUAAAUACAUGUUGAAAAUAA